GGGCCCAAGAGAAUACUGUCCUCAGUUUAACAUGUGCCUAUCUGCAGUCACUGCUUCUACCACCACCACCAGCACACUUGCUUCCAGUAAGCUGUUAAAGCAUGAUGGAUUACUAUGAAGUUCUAGGAGUGCAGAGAUAUGCUUCACCCGAGGACAUUAAAAAAGCUUAUCAUAAAGUGGCACUUAAAUGGCACCCUGAUAAAAACCCAGAAAAUAAAGAAGAAGCAGAGAGAAAAUUCAAAGAAGUAGCCGAGGCAUAUGAGGUAUUAUCAAAUGAUGAAAAGCGGGACAUUUAUGAUAAAUAUGGCAAAGAAGGAUUAAAUAGUGAAGACAGAAGUCAUUUUGAUGAUGAAUGUGAGCACAGUUUCACAUUUCAUAAGCCAGAUGAUGUCUUCAAAGAAAUAUUUGGUAAAAGGGACCCAUUUUCAUUUCACUUUUUUGAAGAUUCAUUUGAGGAACUUUUAAAGGUUCCAAGAAGCUCCUAUGGAAGCAGAAGCACAGGCGCAGAACCCUUUUUCUCCACCCCCAGUGAAUGGCCAGCUUGGGAGAGCUUUUCUUCGUAUGAUAGAGGAUAUUCAUCAUACAGCUCUCUGGGGCAGGAGGGCCCUACUUCAUUCUCUUCACUGGCAUUUGAUGAUAAUGGGAUGGACAACCACAUCUGUGUCACAACUUCAGGCCAAAUUGCUCAUGACAGAAACAUGGGUAUCAACACAAAACUAAUUGAGAGUGAUCAAGAAAGAGAAGUUGAAGAUUAUGGGGAGUUGAACCCCUUCCUUGCAAAUGGUGUGGUAGAUAUAGAGGGCUUCGCAGAACACAGCUGGAGAAGAGCAUCAUUCAACCAUUACUCACCCAACUGCUACUGUCCCACACACAUGUGUCAAUACACUUUUGUGGACAAUGACAAGCAAGGUAUACCUUGGGUCACCAGCUACUGGGACCCCUCUGUCUUCUCACCAGGGGUCAAAGAAGGUGGUAAGAAAAAGAAAAAGAAGCACAAAGAGGUGAAGAAGUCGACCAAAAAGAAUCACUAAAUUGACUCUUUAGACACAUUAUGUUCAUGUGACAUUAGAACAUGACUUCUGGUGUGCUUUGGUUCAUCACAGGGGUCGUGGUUAACAUGUAAUACUAUACUAAGAUUCUGUUUUUAACACUUUUAGCAAUAUUUUGGGCAAGUGGUCAGUAGUGGUUUGGCUGAGGCAAGCCAAAGAAAGAUGAGUUUGUGGGGACAGUUGGUGAUGUCAAGAAUCUGGAAAACUGCAGAUAUUUUUACGUUUUGGUUUUGAGCUGUCUGCCUAUAGAACUUUUCCUUAGUAGAAUUUCUGAUCUACUUCAUUCCUUUCAGCUAAUUAAAACUACCAUAUAAGCUUCUUAAAUAUGUAUAGUAUUUAGAAAAUAAAAAUGCGUUAAAACAUA